AUGGGGAGAAAUUAUUCUCUUACAUUUUAUCUCAUUCGGAAGGAGUUGGUGCUCCUUCCACAAAUAGCCAUUUUCCUUCUUUGGCAAAUUUGGAAGAGCAGAAAUGCUAUUAUUUUUCAAAAUAAUCACCAAGAGGUCCAGAAUAUUGUUAUGAUUACCCUUAAUCACUAUGAAGAUUUCUCUAUUACUUUGAAGGAGUGUGAUGUGCACUUUUCUCCUCAUUUUGGUUCUAAUAAUAUGUCUAUUCAUUGGUCUCCUUCCCCUCCAAACAUUUUCAAGGUUAAUUUUGAUAUUGUGGUUGAUCAUAAUAGACCCAAAGGUUCUUCGGCUAUUCUUGCUAGAGAUUCAAGUGGGAAACCUUGGUUUUGUCAUUGUAAGAUUUUUGAAAAUAUUUCUGAUCCUCUUAUUUUAGAAUAUCUUGCUUGUCGAGAAGCUCUCCUUAUAGCACAUAAUCACAAUUUAGAGGACACUAUGGUGGAAGGUGAUUCCUUGAUGGUGAUCCAAACUACUACUGAUCACAUUAUUUCCCUUAUUAUCCAAGUGUUGAUCAAAGAUAUUCAAGAACUCUAUAAACUUUUCAGAUUGAUCUCCUUCCUUCAUAUUGAUGGCAACAAGACAACAUAUUCUCUUACCUUCAAAGCGAAGCACUCCUUGGACCAUUCCUCAGACUUUUUCCUCUAUUGA